GGGUGGUGUGGAAACUGUUUUAGUUCCCAGUCUUCGCGCCGCCCUAGCGCAUGACGCAAUAGCAGUGUCACAAACUCUGCGCAAACGUCGCUAGCAAGCGAAUACAUCCGAGGAUUGUUUUUGAUGCGCUGCGCCGGAUAAUUUUGUGAGAAAAACAACCCGCCUCUAUUGGGACCAGUUAGGUAUAGCAGCAGAAUGUUUUUCGGGCAGAUGCGGCCGAUGCUGUCGCCGUGAGCGAGAAUGGGCCUCUAGCCGUGCCGAACCAGGCACGCUUUUUGAUCGUGAGGACCAACUAGCGUACUUUGCUUUUGAACCAGAAUACCAGUGCUCGGAGACCUCUGAAGUUGGCGUGAGAAGCGAACGUUCACGUUAUAGCUGCAAGCGUGCGUAUUCUGAGCUGCCGUGAUGUCGGACCACGUUGACAGUGGUCAGCCGCUGCAGAUGCUCAAUGUAAACGGACGCAGUCUGGAACUGGAUGAGCAUGGCCUGGCACGUCUCCUUCUGGACGAACGCAUAAAGGACCACCCCGUUGUCGUGAUUGCGGUAGCCGGUGCCUUCCGCAAAGGAAAGUCGUUCCUGCUAUGCUUCUUGCUGCGCUACCUACGCAACAUAGGUCGAGCUGACUGGCUGGGCGACCCGAACGCUCCGCUGGAGGGCUUCAAGUGGCAAGCGGGCAGCCAGUGCCAGACUACCGGAAUCCUAUUGUGGAAUGAGGUUUUUCUGGUGGAGAAUUCUCGAGGUGAGAAGCUGGCAGUGGUACUGAUGGACACCCAAGGGACCUUCGACUGCAAGUCGGCUACUGUUGUGCAUUCUUCUAUUUUUGCCUUAAGUGCCCUGAUUAGCUCUGUGCUUGUUUACAACGUAUCCCAGAACAUCCAGGAGAACGACCUGCAGCAUCUUCAAGCUUUCAUCGAAUACGGUAUUCUGGCGCAAUCUGACCAGCAGCAGCAGUACCGUAACAUGCCUGAUGAGGUGGGAUGUGCACGGCCCUUCCAGAGCUUGCUGUUUCUGGUGCGUGACUGGCAGUGUGCGUACGAGAUGCCUUAUGGCUUGGAAGGUGGUCAACAACUCCUGGACAGCCGCUUCGACGACAUAGAGGACGAAGAGCUGCGACAGCUGCGGCAGAAGUUAAAGACAUGUUUCAUGAAGAUCCGCUGCUUUCUGAUGCCUCACCCCGGCUUAAAGGUGGCCGAAGAGCGGCUGUGUGAAGGCCGCCUCAUGGACAUUAGUGGCAAAUUCAAGCUGCACCUUCCUGACCUCGUUCAGUUGCUAUUAGAGCCAGAUAAUCUGCUGCCAAAGCAGAUAAAUGGUCGAACAAUAACGUGUCAGGAGCUGAUGUCCUACAUUAAGGUUUAUGUGAGCGCAACCAAGAAAGGUCUGUUGCGUGAUCCAUCAGCAAUGCUAGAGGUGACCCACGCCGCAAGCUGCCGCGCAGCCUUGGACAAAGCUCUGGACUUCUAUACAACCAGUAUGUUAACAAUGUGGCAGUGCUCUCCUGGAGACGUCGACCGCGAAACCAUGCGGGGUUAUCACGACAUGCUUCGUGAAAUGGCCAUAGAGAAGUACUCUGCGACACCCAAGAUGGGCGAAGAGGAGCAGGCACAGGUGUACUUGGAAAAACUCUUGGAGAAAAUGGACGCCACUUUGAACAUUUACUGCGAGUACUUGAAAGAAAAGAAGAAUAGAUCAUUCAACACCGAAUUCUUCAAACACGUGGCUUUCAAGGCUGUCCACGGAUUUGUCACGACUGGUCUGGCGGCUGCUGCUAUUGCCUUGGCUGUGGUAGACCUGCCCAUCGUAGCCAUUGCGCUUGGAACCACUGGAGCCGUGUCUCUGACCGCGCACUUUAUCCAGGUGGUCGUCGAAAAGCAACUUGCCAAACGCAAGAAGGCGGACAGAAAGAAGGACUCAAUGAGGACUGCGGAAGCCGCCAAAAGCAGAGAAACGUACGCCUUUGACAGCGAUGAUGGCGAUGAGGAGGCACGACUGCUUUACAACGAAAACGGGAGUGACAGCGAGCUUUCUGUGGAGCUCACCGAGUGUUCAGCGACAUCACUUGUACCAAAUGUUACGGCUACCUCUGGCAAGAGCAUGGCGCAGCCUCAGAACGCAUUGACAACUCAAAGAGACUCCAAGAGAAGACAUACGUAUACUGCUGACAGAGUUUCCUCAGACGACACCACACCGCUUCUAAAUGGCACUGAAGACCCUGAGAGUCACCAGUGUAUUGAUUUACUGGACAUGGAAACAGUUCCACUAGACCCACCUUUUAUGCUUUGCGACGAAGCGGCGGCAACAGAGACAGUCAACUCGGAGGCAUAUGCUCACGCUGUGAAACAAUACGUACAAGGCAUGGAAAUGGUGUGCAACGAGUCCACUCCUGGCCUCAGUGAGGAGCAGCUAGAACCACACCACAACGAACUGCAGCGAUCCGCGCGCCAUAUUUUUGCAAGAGGCUGCAGUGCGGCCGGUAAAAGAGUGCUGCGACACUUUGUGAACAAGCUUGAACAUGAAACAGAAGAACAGUUCAAGAACAUCGUCAACCAGAACAGAGAAAAACUCAGCUGGACAUCUUCGCGGUGAUAGCUAUUAUGCUGGAGGACGCCAUUCCCAGCUACAGUGAGUUCAUUUGUAUGGCAGUGAAAUAAAAAAAACAGAAUGCAGAUGUGUACUUGAGUUAA